AUGUGGAUGGUGUUCACUGUUCAUGGACAACCGAGGAUUGCCUGUGACAGCGAGGGGGAUGAGAGUCCAGCCUGCAUCUGUUGGUCCGAAACUGUGUCAUGCCAAGACGCCGACUUGACAGCUGUUCCUUCUGACAUUCCCCCGGACACCAUCGUCUUGAAGCUCUCCAGAAACAAGAUAUCGUCACUUCCCAAGAUGGUCUUUGGUUACCUUCCUCCACUGUCCACACUAAACUUGCGUUACAACAAAAUGUCCUACAUAGAGGCAGGCGCUUUCGAUGGAGAAAUUGGACUGAACGACAACAAGCUAGAAAGUCUGGAUGAAGAUAUAUUCAAGGACCUUCGUCGCCUCCAGACCAUUCGCCUUGAAGACAACGAGAUCAAACGUCUUCCGUCUGGAAUUUUUAGUGAAGCAAACUUGGAAGACCUGUUGAUUCUGAAUCUUCACGAGAACGACCUGACAGUCAUAGAAAACGGCACGUUUGAUAACCUUCCGAGCAUACAAUCCAUUUCUCUGGAAGAAAACCUACUGAUGACGGUAGACUGCGGGAUGGUUCCAUCUCAGAACAUGUCGGCAUCGCUUGGUUCAUAUUCCAAGGUGAGCUCUUAA